CUCACUAGUGCCUCGGCCGCGGGAGGGAGCGCAGGGGCGCGGGGCGCGGGUGCAGGCGCGAGCGCAGCGGAGGAACGAGCUGGGGCCUGAGCCGGGCUCGGAGGCCGCGAGGGCCCAGCGCCGUCCGCCCACCAAGAAGCAGAGAGCAGCCGCGGGCCGCCUCCACCGCUUGUGGGACCGUCCGGCGCGCGCUUGUGCGCCGGAGCCCCCGGGGUCCCGGCGCAGGAGGCCGCCACCGGGCGCAGCGGGCAGCCGGCGGGCAGGCAUGCCGCCGCUCCUGGCGCCCCUGCUCUGCCUGGCGCUGCUGCCCGCGCUCGCCGCACGAGGCCUGCGAUGUUCCCAGCCCAGUGACAGCUGCUUGAAUGGCGGGAAGUGUGAAGUGUUCCCCAACGGCACCGAAGCCUGCAUCUGCAGCGGGGCCUUCGUGGGCCAGCGGUGCCAGGCGCCCAACCCCUGCCUCAGCGCCCCCUGCAAGAACGCCGGGACGUGCCACACCGUGGACCGCGGUGGCCUGGUGGACUAUGCCUGCACCUGCCGGCUGGGCUUCUCCGGGCCCCUCUGCCUGACGCCCCGAGACAACGCCUGCCUCUCCACCCCCUGCCGCAACGGGGGCACCUGUGACCUGCUCACACUCACCGAGUACAAGUGCCGCUGUCCCCCAGGCUGGUCAGGGAAGACGUGCCAGCAGGCCGACCCGUGUGCCUCCAACCCCUGUGCCAAUGGCGGCCAGUGCCUGCCCUUCGAGGCCUCGUACAUCUGUGGCUGCCCGCCCGGCUUCCACGGCCCCACCUGCCGGCAGGACGUGAACGAGUGCAGCCAGAACCCCAGGCUCUGCCAGAACGGGGGCACCUGCCACAACGAGGUCGGAUCCUACCGCUGCGCCUGCCGUGCCACCCACACCGGCCCCCACUGUGAGCUGCCCUACGUGCCCUGCAGCCCCUCCCCCUGCCAGAACGGGGGCACCUGCCGCCCCACGGGAGACACCACCCACGAGUGCGCCUGCCUGCCAGGCUUCACUGGCCAGAACUGUGAGGAGAACGUCGACGACUGUCCCGGAAACAACUGCAAGAACGGAGGCGCCUGCGUGGACGGCGUGAACACCUACAACUGCCGCUGCCCGCCAGAGUGGACAGGUCAGUACUGCACCGAGGACGUGGACGAGUGUCAGCUCAUGCCCAACGCCUGCCAGAAUGGCGGGACCUGCCACAACACCCACGGUGGCUAUAACUGCGUGUGCGUCAACGGCUGGACGGGCGAGGACUGCAGCGAGAACAUCGAUGACUGCGCCAGUGCCGCCUGCUUCCACGGUGCCACCUGCCACGACCGCGUGGCCUCCUUCUACUGCGAGUGUCCCCACGGCCGCACGGGUCUCUUGUGCCACUUGAAUGACGCCUGCAUCAGCAACCCUUGCAACGAGGGCUCCAACUGUGACACCAACCCCGUGAACGGCAAAGCCAUCUGCACCUGCCCCUCGGGGUACACGGGGCCGGCCUGCAGCCAGGACGUGGACGAGUGCUCCCUGGGCGCCAACCCCUGUGAGCACGCGGGCAAGUGCAUCAACACGCUGGGCUCCUUCGAGUGCCAGUGUCUACAGGGCUACACCGGCCCCCGCUGCGAGAUCGACGUCAAUGAAUGCAUCUCGAACCCAUGUCAGAAUGAUGCCACCUGCCUGGAUCAGAUCGGGGAGUUCCAGUGCAUCUGCAUGCCUGGCUACGAGGGCGUGCACUGUGAGGUCAACACGGACGAGUGUGCCAGCAGCCCCUGUCUCCAGAAUGGCCGCUGCCUGGACAAAAUCAAUGAAUUUCUGUGCGAGUGCCCCACGGGUUUCACCGGGCAUCUGUGUCAGUAUGACGUGGACGAGUGUGCCAGCACGCCCUGCAAGAACGGCGCCAAGUGCCUGGACGGGCCCAACACCUACACCUGCGUGUGCACAGAAGGCUACACGGGGCUGCACUGCGAGGUGGACAUCAACGAGUGUGACCCCGACCCGUGCCACUACGGGGUGUGCAAGGACGGGGUGGCCACCUUCACCUGCCUGUGCCGGCCGGGCUACACGGGCCACCACUGCGAGAGCAACAUUAAUGAGUGCCACAGCCAGCCCUGCCGCCAUGGCGGCACCUGCCAGGACCGCGACAAUGCCUACCUCUGCUCCUGCCUCAAGGGGACCACAGGACCCAACUGUGAGACGAACUUGGACGACUGCGCCAGCAGCCCCUGCGACUCGGGCACAUGCCUGGACAAGAUCGAUGGCUAUGAGUGUGCGUGCGAGCCCGGCUACACAGGGAGCAUGUGCAACGUGAACAUCGACGAGUGCGCGGGCAACCCCUGCCACCACGGGGGCACCUGUGAGGACGGCAUCAACAGCUUCACGUGCCACUGCCCCGAGGGCUACCACGGCCCCACCUGCCUGUCUGAGGUCAACGAGUGCAGCAGCAACCCCUGUAUCCAUGGGGCCUGCCGGGACAGCCUCAACGGGUACAAGUGUGACUGUGACCCCGGGUGGAGCGGCACCAACUGUGAUGUGAACAACAAUGAGUGUGAGUCCAACCCGUGUGCCAACGGUGGCGCCUGCAGGGACAUGACCAGCGGCUACGUGUGCACCUGCCGGGAGGGCUUCAGUGGCCCCAACUGCCAAACCAACAUCAACGAGUGUGCGUCCAACCCAUGCCUGAACCAGGGCUCGUGCAUCGAUGACGUGGCCGGGUACAAGUGCAACUGUCUGCUGCCCUACACAGGAGCCACGUGUGAGGUGGUGCUGGCCCCGUGUGCCCCCGGCCCCUGCAGAAACGGGGGCGCGUGCAAGGAGUCGGAGGACUAUGAGAGUUUCUCCUGCAUUUGCCCCACGGGCUGGCAAGGGCAGACCUGCGAGGUGGACGUUAACGAGUGUGUGAAGAGCCCGUGCCACCACGGUGCCUCCUGUCAGAACACCAACGGUGGCUACCGCUGCCACUGUCAUGCGGGCUAUACGGGCCACGACUGCGAGACGGACGUGGACGACUGCCGGCCGAACCCGUGCCACAACGGCGGCUCCUGCACCGACGGCGUCAACACGGCUUUCUGCGACUGCCUGCCCGGCUUCCAGGGGGCCUUCUGCGAGGAGGACAUCAACGAGUGUGCCAGCAACCCGUGCCGCCACGGCGCCAACUGCACGGACUGCGUGGACAGCUACACGUGCACCUGCCCCGCGGGCUUCAGUGGGAUCCACUGCGAGAACAACACGCCCGACUGCACAGAGAGCUCCUGCUUCAAUGGCGGCACGUGUGUGGACGGUAUCAACUCCUUCACCUGCCUGUGUCCGCCGGGCCUCACGGGCAGUUACUGCCAGCAUGACAUCGACGAGUGCGACUCGCGGCCCUGCCUGCACGGCGGCACCUGCCAGGACAGCUAUGGGACGUACAAGUGCACCUGUCCGCAGGGCUACACGGGCCUCAACUGCCAGAAUCUUGUGCGCUGGUGCGACUCCUCACCCUGCAAGAACGGCGGCAAGUGCUGGCAGACCAACACCCUGUACCGCUGCGAGUGCCACAGCGGCUGGACCGGCCUCUACUGCGACGUGCCCAACGUGUCCUGCGAGGUGGCCGCCCAGCGGCAAGACAUCAACGUCACCCACCUGUGCCGGAACGGGGGGCUCUGCAUGGACGCAGGCAACACCCACCAUUGCCGCUGCCAGGCGGGUUACACAGGCAGCUACUGCGAGGACCAGGUGGAUGAGUGCUCGCCCAGCCCCUGCCAGAACGGGGCCACCUGCACCGACUACCCGGGCGGCUACUCCUGUGAGUGUGUGGCUGGGUACCACGGGGUGAACUGCUCCGAGGAGAUCAACGAGUGUCUGUCCCAGCCAUGCCAGAAUGGGGGUACCUGCAUCGACCUCACCAACACCUACAAGUGCUCCUGUCCCCGGGGCACACAAGGCGUGCACUGUGAGGUCAACGUGGACGACUGCAGUCCCCCCAUCGACCCCGUCUCCCGGGGCCCCAAGUGCUUUAACAACGGCACCUGCGUGGACCAGGUGGGCGGCUACAGCUGCGCCUGCCCGCCCGGCUUCGUCGGGGAGCGCUGUGAAGGCGACGUGAACGAGUGCCUGUCCAACCCCUGUGAUGCCCGUGGCACCCAGAACUGUGUGCAGCGCGUCAAUGACUUCUACUGCGAGUGCCGCGCGGGCCACACUGGACGCCGCUGUGAGUCGGUCAUCAACGGCUGCAAGGGCAGGCCCUGCCAGAACGGGGGCACUUGCGCCGUGGCCUCCAACACCGCCCGCGGGUUCAUCUGCAAGUGUCCCGCGGGCUUCGAGGGCGCCACCUGCGAGAACGACGCGCGGGCCUGCGGGAGCCGGCGCUGCCUCAAUGGCGGCACGUGCAUCUCGGGCCCGCGCAGCCCCACGUGCCUGUGCCUGGGCCCCUUCACCGGCCCCGAGUGCCAGUUCCCGGCCGGCAGCCCCUGCGUGGGCGGGAACCCCUGCUACAACCAGGGCAGCUGCGAGCCCACGGCGGAAAGCCCAUUCUACCGCUGCCUGUGCCCCGCCAAGUUCAACGGGCUCCUGUGCCACGUCCUGGACUACAGUUUCGGGGGCGGCCUGGGCCUCGACAUCCCUCCGCCUCAGAUCGAGGAGGCGUGCGAGCUGCCCGAGUGCCGCGAGGAGGCAGGCAACAAGGUGUGCAGCCUGGCCUGCAACAACCACGCGUGCGGCUGGGACGGCGGCGACUGCUCGCUUAACUUCAACGACCCCUGGCAGAACUGCUCGCAGUCGCUGCAGUGCUGGAAGUACUUCAGCAAUGGCCGCUGCGACAGCCAGUGCAACUCCCCCGGCUGCCUGUUCGACGGCUUCGACUGCCAGCGCGCCGAGGGCCAGUGCAACCCCCUGUAUGACCAGUACUGCAAGGACCACUUUGGCGACGGGCACUGCGACCAGGGAUGCAACAGCGCCGAGUGCGAGUGGGACGGACUGGACUGCGCGGAGCACGUGCCCGAGCGGCUGGCGGCCGGCGCGCUGGUGCUUGUGGUGCUGACGCCGCCCGCGCAGCUCCGUAACAACUCCCUGCAUUUCCUGCGGGAGCUCAGCCGCCUGCUGCACACCAACGUGGUGUUCAAGCGCGACGCGCAUGGCCAGCCCAUGAUUUUCCCGUACUACGGCCACGAGGAGGAGCUGCGCAAACAUCCCAUCAAGCGCGCAGUGGACGGCUGGGCCGCGCCUGGGGCUCUGCUCGACCGGGUGGAGGCCGCCCUGCUCCCGGGUGGCGGGGCCGGCCGCCGGCGCAGAGAGCUGGACCCCAUGGACAUCCGCGGAUCCAUCGUCUACCUGGAGAUUGACAACCGGCAGUGUGUCCAGUCGUCCUCACAAUGUUUCCAGAGCGCCACGGAUGUGGCUGCCUUCCUGGGUGCACUCGCCUCGCUGGGGAGCCUCAACAUCCCUUAUAAGAUCGAGGCCGUGCAGAGUGAGACCGUGGAGCCGCCCCCGCCCCCACAGCUUCACUUCAUGUACGUGGCCGUGGCCGCCUUCGUGCUGCUCUUCUUCGUGGGCUGUGGGGUGCUGUUGUCCCGCAAGCGCCGGCGGCAGCAUGGACAGCUCUGGUUCCCCGAAGGCUUCAAGGUGUCAGAGGCCAGCAAGAAGAAGCGGCGGGAGCCCCUUGGCGAGGAUUCCGUGGGCCUCAAGCCCCUGAAGAACGCCUCAGACGGCGCUCUCAUGGAUGACAACCAGAAUGAGUGGGGUGACGAGGACCUGGAGGCCAAGAAGUUCCGGUUUGAAGAGCCGGUGGUUCUUCCCGACCUGGACGACCAGACAGACCACCGGCAGUGGACCCAGCAGCACCUGGACGCUGCCGACCUGCGCGUGUCGGCCAUGGCCCCCACACCGCCCCAGGGCGAAGCGGACGCCGACUGCAUGGACGUCAACGUCCGAGGGCCAGACGGCUUCACGCCCCUCAUGAUCGCCUCCUGCAGCGGAGGGGGCCUGGAGACGGGCAACAGCGAGGAGGAGGAGGACGCGCCAGCUGUCAUCUCGGACUUCAUCUACCAGGGAGCCAGCCUGCACAACCAGACGGACCGCACUGGCGAGACCGCCUUGCACCUGGCUGCCCGCUACUCGCGCUCCGACGCGGCCAAGCGCCUGCUGGAAGCCAGCGCAGAUGCCAACAUCCAGGACAACAUGGGACGUACCCCGCUGCACGCGGCCGUGUCUGCCGAUGCACAGGGAGUCUUCCAGAUUCUCAUACGGAACCGAGCCACAGACCUGGACGCCCGCAUGCAUGACGGCACAACACCGCUGAUCCUGGCUGCCCGCCUGGCUGUCGAGGGCAUGCUGGAAGACCUGAUCAACUCGCACGCCGACGUCAACGCCGUGGACGACCUGGGCAAGUCUGCCCUGCACUGGGCCGCUGCCGUGAAUAACGUGGAGGCUGCCGUCGUGCUCCUGAAGAACGGGGCCAACAAGGACAUGCAGAACAACAAGGAGGAGACACCCCUGUUCCUGGCUGCUCGGGAGGGCAGCUACGAGACCGCCAAGGUGCUGCUGGACCACUUUGCCAACCGGGACAUCACAGACCACAUGGACCGCCUACCCCGCGACAUCGCACAGGAGCGAAUGCACCACGACAUCGUGCGGCUGCUGGACGAGUACAGCCUGGUGCGCAGCCCUCAGCUGCACGGCACCGCCCUGGGCGGCGCGCCUACCCUGUCCCCGCCGCUCUGCUCGCCCAACGGCUACCUGGGCAACCUCAAGCCGGCCGUGCCGGGCAAGAAGGCCCGCAAGCCCAGCACCAAAGGCCUGGCCUGUGGCGGCAAGGAGGCCAAGGACCUCAAGGCACGCAGGAAGAAAUCCCAGGACGGCAAGGGCUGCCUGCUGGACAGCUCGAGCGUGCUGUCGCCCGUGGACUCCCUCGAGUCUCCUCACGGCUACCUGUCGGACGUGGCCUCACCGCCCCUCCUGUCCUCUCCGUUCCAGCAGUCCCCGUCUGUGCCCCUCAGCCACUUGCCCGGCAUGCCUGACGGCCACCUGGGUGUCGGCCACCUGAGCGUGGCUGCCAAGCCCGAGAUGGCAGCGCUGGGUGCGGGUGGCCGGCUGGCCUUCGAAGCGGGGCCGCCGCGGCUCUCCCACCUGCCCGUGGCCUCCAGCACCGGCACCGUCCUGGGCACUGCCGGCGGCGGGGGCGGUGGCGGGACCGUGAAUUUCACCGUGGGCGGGGCCGCAGGCCUGAACGGCCAGUGUGAGUGGCUGUCCCGGCUGCAGACUGGCCUGGUGCCGAACCAGUACAACCCACUGCGAGGGAGCGUCGCGCCGGGCCCCCUGGGCACGCAGGCCCCCGCCCUGCAGCACAGCAUGAUGGGCCCGCUGCACGCCGGCCUGUCCACCACGGCCGCGCUGUCCCAGGCGAUGAGCUACCAGGCCCUGCCGAGCACGCGCCUGGCCGGCCAGCCGCACCUGCUCCAGGUGCAGCAGCCGCCGCAGAACUUGCAGAUGCAGCCGCCCGGCGUGCAGCAGCCGCCGCAGAACUUGCAGAUGCAGCCGCCCGGCGUCCCGCAGCCGCAGAGCCUGCAGCCGCCCGCCCCGCACCUCGGCGUGAGCUCGGCCGCCGGUGGCCACAUGGGCCGGAGCUUCCUGGGCGGGGAGCCGAGCCAGGCCGAAGUGCAGCCGCUGGGCCCCAGCGGCCUGGCCGUGCACACCCUCCUGCCGCCGGACAGCCAGGCCCUGCCCACGGCCCUGCCUGCCACGCUGGCCCCGCCCAUGACCACCGCCCAGUUCCUGACCCCGCCCUCGCAGCACAGCUACUCGUCCUCGCCCGCGGACAACACCCCCAGCCACCAGCUCCAGGUGCCUGAGCACCCCUUCCUCACCCCGUCCCCGGAGUCCCCGGACCAGUGGUCCAGCUCGUCGCCGCAUUCCCACGUCUCUGACUGGUCCGAGGGCAUCUCCAGCCCGCCCACCAGCGCGCAGUCCCACAUCGCCCACAUUCCGGAGGCGCUCAAGUAAACAGCCGGCGCCCCAGCGGGACCCUGCGCUUCCUUUCCCAAGCCCUGCUGGGCGCGUGCGUGCUCUGCACAGACACCCGGACGGACCAGAGGGGCUUUUUCUUAAGAAACAUGCUUUUAUACAAAAUAAAAGGACAAGGAUUUUAA